UAUCUCGCAGAUCCGCCAUUUCAGGAACGAGCAGGCGCUUUGUUAGCUGAGCUCAAAGAACAACAGGACAAGAACUGUCAGAUAUGCUCUGACUGUAAAUGGCAUACUUUCAAAUCUCGGUGGAUAGAUUCACGAUUUGAAUGCCUUUUGGAACAUACAUGUCCGAAUUGGGUUUUUAGGCUUGUGAUUUUUGAGACUUGAUUCUCUUUAUAGAGCUGCUAGCUGUGCUACACGGGUAGUGUUGUGGCUCUCAACUAGCUAGAACGUUUUUGGCUGCUCAAAUUUAUUUUGAGCUUUACAACUGUCUCUGACCUUUAGAGACAUUUAAUUAUCUUAUAUUUAGUACCCAUACAUAAGCAACGCUGACGACCACCGUCCAAGAGUCCAAGACCGAAGGGGAGAUGGCGAGCUCCGUGGGAAACGUGGCCGACAGCACAGAACCGACCAAACGUAUGCUUUCCUUCCAAGGGUUGGCGGAGCUGGCCCACCGUGAGUACCAGUCGGGCGACUUCGAGGCGGCGGAGCGCCACUGCAUGCAGCUGUGGCGGCAGGAGCCCGACAACACGGGGGUGCUGCUGCUCCUCUCCUCCAUCCACUUCCAGUGCCGCCGCCUGGACAGGUCGGCACACUUCAGCACGCUGGCCAUCAAGCAGAACCCCAUGCUGGCGGAGGCCUACUCCAACCUGGGCAACGUCUACAAGGAGCGCGGCCAGCUGCAGGAGGCCAUCGAGCACUACCGCCACGCGCUGCGCCUCAAGCCAGACUUCAUCGACGGCUACAUCAACCUGGCCGCCGCGCUGGUCGCCGCCGGCGACAUGGAGGGCGCCGUGCAGGCCUACGUCUCCGCUCUGCAGUACAACCCCGAUUUGUAUUGUGUGCGCAGUGACCUGGGUAACCUGUUGAAAGCACUUGGCCGCUUGGAGGAGGCUAAGGCGUGCUAUCUGAAGGCUAUUGAGACCCAGCCCAACUUUGCGGUUGCCUGGAGUAACCUGGGCUGUGUGUUCAAUGCCCAAGGAGAGAUCUGGUUGGCUAUCCAUCACUUUGAGAAGGCUGUGACCCUUGAUCCUAACUUCUUGGAUGCCUACAUUAAUUUGGGAAAUGUCCUCAAGGAGGCUCGUAUAUUUGACAGAGCGGUGGCUGGCUACCUGCGAGCUCUGAGCCUGAGCCCCAACCAUGCGGUGGUGCAUGGCAACUUGGCGUGCGUGUAUUACGAGCAGGGUCUGAUCGACCUGGCCAUUGACACGUACCGCCGCGCCAUCGAGCUGCAGCCACACUUCCCCGAUGCCUACUGCAACCUGGCCAACGCGCUCAAGGAGAAGGGCAAUGUAUCUGAGGCGGAGGAGUGCUACAACACAGCUCUGCGCCUGUGCCCCACACACGCAGACUCCCUCAACAACCUGGCCAACAUCAAGCGAGAGCAGGGCUUCAUUGAGGAGGCCGUGCAGCUCUACAGGAAGGCCCUGGAGGUGUUCCCUGAGUUUGCGGCGGCCCACUCCAACCUGGCCAGCGUUCUGCAGCAGCAGGGCAAGCUGCAGGAGGCCCUCAUGCACUACAAGGAGGCCAUCAGGAUCAGCCCCACGUUUGCUGAUGCCUACUCCAACAUGGGCAACACUCUGAAGGAGAUGCAGGAUGUGCAGGGGGCUCUGCAGUGCUACACGCGCGCCAUCCAGAUCAACCCUGCCUUCGCAGAUGCACACAGCAACCUGGCCUCCAUACACAAGGACUCUGGCAACAUCCCAGAGGCCAUUGCUUCGUACCGCACAGCUCUGAAGCUGAAGCCUGAUUUCCCAGAUGCCUACUGCAACCUGGCACACUGCCUACAGAUUGUGUGUGACUGGACUGACUAUGAGGAGCGCAUGAAGAAGCUGGUGAGCAUCGUGGCCGACCAGCUGGACAAGAACCGGCUGCCCUCGGUGCACCCCCACCACAGCAUGCUCUACCCCCUCUCACACGGCUUCCGCAAGGCCAUCGCAGAGCGCCACGGAAACCUCUGCCUCGACAAGAUCAACGCGCUGCACAAGCCGCCCUAUGAGCACCCCAAGGACCUGAAGACCAGCAACGGCCGGCUGCGCGUGGGCUACGUCAGCUCCGACUUUGGCAACCACCCCACGUCACACCUCAUGCAGUCCAUCCCCGGCAUGCACAACUCCGAGAAGUUUGAGGUCUUCUGCUAUGCUCUGAGCCCAGAUGACAGCACCAACUUCAGAGUUAAAGUGAUGGCUGAAGCUCACCACUUUGUCGACCUGUCACAGAUCCCCUGCAAUGGGAAAGCAGCUGACCGCAUCCAUCAGGACGGCGUCCACAUCCUGGUCAACAUGAAUGGCUACACCAAAGGAGCCCGCAACGAGCUCUUCGCCCUGCGCCCAGCUCCCAUUCAGUGCAUGUGGCUGGGAUACCCUGGCACCAGCGGAGCCCCCUUCAUGGACUACAUCGUAUCGGACAAGGAGACAUCUCCCCUGGAGGUGGCUGAGCAGUACUCUGAGAAGCUGGCCUACAUGCCCCACACCUUCUUCAUCGGAGACCACGCCAACAUGUUCCCACACCUCAAGAAAAAGGCUGUGAUUGACUUCAAGUCCAACGGCCACAUCUUUGACAACCGCAUCGUGCUGAACGGCAUCGACCUGAAGGCCUUCCUGGACAGCCUGCCUGACGUUAAAGUAGUCAAGAUGGAGUGUGAUGGGCAGGAGGUGGCGGACAACAACGGUGCCCUGUCCAUGCCCGUCAUCCCCAUGAACACGGCAGCAGAGGCCAUCAUCAACAUGAUCAACCAGGGACAGAUCCAGGUCACCAUCAACGGCUUCACCGUCAGCAACGGCCUCGCCACCACACAGAUCAACAACAAGGCGGCCACAGGAGAGGAGGUGCCGCGCACCAUCACCGUGACGACCCGCUCGCAGUACGGCCUCCCGGAAGACGCCAUCGUCUACUGCAACUUCAACCAGCUCUACAAGAUCGACCCUCCCACCCUGCAAGUCUGGGCCAAUAUCCUGAAGCGUGUGCCCAACAGUGUGCUGUGGCUGCUGCGUUUCCCGGCGGUGGGCGAGCCCAACAUCCAGCAGUACGCCCAGAACAUGGGGCUGCCGGCCGCCCGCGUCAUCUUCUCCCCCGUGGCCCCCAAGGAGGAGCACGUCAGGAGGGGGCAGCUGGCCGACGUCUGCCUGGACACGCCGCUCUGCAACGGACACACCACCGGCAUGGACGUGCUGUGGGCCGGCACACCCAUGGUCACCAUGCCUGGUGAGACUCUGGCGUCGCGUGUGGCUGCCUCCCAGCUAACGUGUCUGGGAUGCCUAGAGCUCAUCGCUCCGAGUCGACAGGAGUACGAGGAAGUAGCAGUCAAACUGGGAACAGACAUGGAAUACCUGAAGAAGGUGCGCUCCCGCGUGUGGAAGCAGCGCAUCUGCAGUCCGCUCUUCAACACCAAGCAGUACACCAUGGACCUGGAGAAGCUCUACCUGCAGAUGUGGGAGCACCAUGCGAACGGCAACAAGCCCGAGCCCCUGGUCAUCACGCAACCCAUCGAGGCCUCCGAGACGGCCUAGAGAGGAGACUCACCCACCCCCACACCCAACACCCCACACCCACCUCCUCAGCCAUCUGUGCCCCAGGCCCACAGCGCUAUUGCACCAACCCCCGAAAACAAACUUGCGCUAACAACCCCUACCAAACCUACUCCCACACACCCUGGAGUCUCUCGCAGGUGGAACUGAGAUAUGCUCUCUCACACAUACAAGACCGCCUCACCCCUGAAUGAAAUCAGGUCCUACCAUAUGCUCCUUUUCCCCCUCCUUUACCCCCUAUGCCUACUAUGAGACUAUGAGGAGAGAAUGUGCCCCCUCCCCAAGCCCAAAUCCUCCUUCCCUCCCUCCAUCUCCUUAUCCCAACACUUAAAACUCGUCUGCCACCCUCCCUACCCAAGCUAAUGACACAAUCAGUCUGGUAAUGCUUUCUGUCGUGUGUAUAUCUGUGUGACAGAAGGGGUGCGUGGGGACGGAUCGGAGUUGGAACAUGGACCAGACAAUUUUGCUGGACAAUUUUGUUUCUUCCUUCCUUUUUUUUGUUUGUUUUUGUUGUUUUUCUUUUUUCCUUUUUUGAAAGAAGGGUCUUCAGAGCAAAAGGGACAAUUGUGCACCUAGGGGCGACUUUGAUCAUAACAACAAACCAUGUCAAGAAAAAAAAACAAAAAACAGCUUUAUUGAGUGCGCAGCAUUUGUCUGCAGACUACAUUUUCCCCAGUAAUGGUGUAGACUGAGUAAUCUGCUCUUUUUAUUGUCUGGGGUGAUUUAGUGAGGAAUGAAUGUAUUUAGGACAAAGAUAGAAAAGAUUAAAAAAAAGUAACUAAAUGCCAAUUGCAGGAGGAUACGUUGUUACUUUGGAGUGUCUGUCAUGUGUCAUUGUGAAAUACAAAAAUGCUGCGGUGUUCUCCCCAGUGCAUCCGCCAGGGGGCGCCGGACAUCCUUGAGAGGAGUUGAGUCGACUGCCCGUGUUUUAUGAGCGAAUGAGCGAUAAGGUUGGUCUCAGUACCCCCUGCUGGCCCCCAUAAUCACAUAUGAGUCGUUGUCUUGUCAUCAGGUGGAGGCCCAGGUAAGUAUUUCUAAACAGUCUUGAUUUUAUAUUCACUGCUUUUUGUCUGAUUUUUUUUUUCUUGGUUCAUUUUACUUUCUGUUUUUCUGAUUUCUUGAACGUCAUAUUGGCCAUUUUAUUUAAGACCAGACAAUGGUGUGCUGGAAAGGCUAGCGUGAAAACAUGAACUCUUGUCAUUAUUAUUAAAAACAAAAAGCGGCCAGUCCCGGAGUCGUCUUGUCAAAAACGUGCUACAUCCCGCCAUUGGUUUGAUUUCUUCAAAAUUGUAUAUCAAGUGAAUUGGAUGGUAAGGACAGUCUAAAUGCUAUAAUCGUACCGGUAAAAAUGCACUGUUCUCCUAGAUCAUCUCCCAUCAGUUGGAAAAAAGAAAUGUUCGAAGAUGUUCUUGUCACUGCUCUGUGCUAAUAAAAAAGUGUUGAUGUCA